UAUGAGUCGGUGUUUGUGCUCCGGCUGCUGGUUCCCGGUGCACGGUCACAAUGAAUGGCUGCCUGUGAGCGGAGGGAGACGCUAGACCCGCUCUCACUUCUUCUUCUUCAUCUCCUCCGGCGGCUGCUCCUCCAUUGAAGCACUUUCCAGCGGAUUACGCACAGCCCACGGCGGGACCCUGUGGUGCUGGGCAGAGCGUAAUGGCUCAGACGCUGCAGAUGGCGAUCCCUAACUUUGGCAACAACGUCCUGGAGUGUUUGAACGAGCAGCGGCUGCAGGGCCUGUACUGUGAUGUCUCUGUGGUCGUCAAGGGACAUGCCUUCAAGGCCCACCGCGCGGUUCUGGCCGCCAGCAGCUCCUACUUCAGGGAUCUGUUCAACGCUGGUGGUAAGAGCUCGGUGGUGGAGCUGCCCCCGGCGGUGCAGCCGCAGAGCUUCCAGCAGAUCCUGGCCUUCUGCUACACAGGACGCCUCAGCAUGAACGUUGGAGACCAGUUCCUGCUCAUGUACACCGCCGGCUUCCUCCAGAUCCAACAGAUCAUGGAGAAAGGCACAGAGUUCUUCCUCAAGGUCUCAUCUCCAAGCUGUGACUCCCAGGGCCUCCACACUGAGGAGACCCCGCCCUCCGAGCCUCAGAGCCCUGUCACUCAAACAGUGGGAGGGGGUGGAGGCGGUGUGGUGGCCGCGGCCACAGGGAGGCCGUCCUCAUGUCUCACACCCCUCCCCCUGGUGUCCAAGGUAAAGACAGAACAGACGUCGACCACUCCUCAGAGCACCCCCCACCCGCAGCAGCAGGAGGGCUCCCCCUACUCGGUGGUCUGCACCCCCGUGGCCAAGCGGCUGUGGGAAGGGGGCAACCGUGAUGGGGUCGGAGGGUCUGGAGGUGGUGGCGGAAUGAGGAAGGCUGCACGCUAUUCUUCCUCCUCUUCCUCCUCCUCCUCUUCUAACAACACUACCCAGGAUGCCUCUGGUCGUGGACCUGCAUCUGGCAACGCUGUGAUGAUGGGCGGCGGCACCACUUCAGUGGGAGGAGCCGGACUCAACAGCAACCAUAACAACAAUAACCACAAUAACCACAACAACCACAACAACGGUGGAACCCCCGAGGGCACGAGCCCGGGCACGCUGAGCAUGUACACCAGUGACUCGCCCAUCAGCUACCACGAUGACGAGGAAGAGGACGACGUGGCGGACGAGAGCGCCGAAGAGCAGUACCGACAGAUCUGCAACAUGUACACCAUGUACAGCAUGCUGAACGCCGGGGCAGCCGUGGUCGGGGAGAGGGUGGAGGCUCUGCCGGACCAGGCCCCAGACUCGGGCGGCGGCCGGGGGGGCAGGGGGGCACGUUCUCGGCAGGACCUGGCUUCGCUGCCCGCCGAGCUCAUCAGCCAGAUCGGCAACCGCUGCCACCCAAAGCUGUACGAGGAGGGCGACCCGGCCGAGAAGCUGGAGCUGGUGAGCGGCACGUCCGUGUUCAUCUCCCGGGCCCAGCUCAUGAACUGCCACGUCAGCGCCGGCACCCGCCACAAGGUGCUGCUCAGACGCCUGCUGGCGGCGUUCUUUGACAGGAGCACUCUGGCAAACAGCUGUGGAACAGGAAUCCGCUCUUCAACCAACGACCCAAGUCGUAAACCGCUGGACAACCGAGUUCUGCACGCUGUCAAAUUUUACUGCCAGAACUUUGCGCCGAGCUUCAAGGAGAGUGAGAUGAACGCCAUCGCGGCCGACAUGUGCACCAACGCUCGCCGCGUCGUCCGCAAGAGCUGGAUCCCCAAGCUCAAACUGCUGAUGGCCGACAGUGACGCCUACUCUGCCUUCCUGGCCGACAGCGUGAAGAUGGAGGCCGACGGGCUGGGGGCGGAGCAAGGCUUUGACCCCGCCUCCCUGGAGGCUGUGGCAGCGGCGGCGGCAGCAGCAGCCGCCAACAGCCACGAAUCAGGAGGUGGAGCCACGGCAGCGGACGCCCUCCAUGGGGCGGUAGGAGAUGGCAGCACUUUGUUUUGAGCGGGCGCUGUUCUUCCUGAGGAGGAGAUGUUUGUUAAGAAUCUCCCAGGACAGAUGAGGCAUUGCGGCAGAGUGCCGUCACAUGAGCGAAGCCACAAUCCAGACAAAGACACAAGAGUGAGAGGAGAGAGAGACUAAUGACAAAGAGGAGGAGGAGGAGAGCGUCUCGCUGGCCCGGUGCCACCAAGAUAAAUACCUGGGUGCUUGUUUGUUUAUGAACCGUGGCGUUGCAGCGGUGAGGGGUCGGAGGCUGAAUAAAUAAACGUCAGAUUGUCCUAAAGCCUUUUUAACACGAAGCUAAUGGAGAUCCAGAGAAAGAGGAACGCUGUCAGAAACUCAGCUUGUCUGGAGAAAAUGACAAUGAGCUUGAAAUUGCACUAAAUAUCCGUAGAAGAAUUGAAGAAUAUCUUGAAUCCAGAAACACAUUUGGCUGAAUGUCUAAAGCUUUCACGAACUACGAUAAUGUGAACACAGUUUGACUAGAAUGACAGAAGUGAUCUGGCAAAUCUUCAGCUGUACUCGAGAAUCGGGGAUCUGGAAAAAGCCAAAUAUUUAAGCAACACUGUGUAACUGACUGAGCAACAGCGCCCCCUGCAGCCACUUACUCUGUUGGGAAGGUGAAGAGGUUUUCAUGUCGAGAAUCAAAGAUUUAUCGAUAUUUCGUCCCACACAUUGAACUAAAAAUAUUACCCAUGAUCCUCUGCUUCCCUGAUCCAGAAGAGCUGCUGCUGUAACACAAUCCACCAACCUCUGUGUUGUUUUUCCAAACGUCUGAAUUUUAAACACGGGCAGAAAAUCCAGAGAGAACCUGAAGUCUCUAGUUUAUUGUUACUGUGAAGACGGAGGGUUCAGGCCGAUGCAACUCGCUUCUCGUCCAAGUUUCCACGUCUUGUUCUCCGGGUCGUGGGGUCACAGGGUGCUCGUGGGUUCAAGCUGAGUUUCACGUACAGGGACUUGAAGACCAGUCUUUCCAACGAGCACAGGGAAAUGGAUAUUUUCUUCAAUCUGUCCGUUUUUAUUUCCUCUUAAAUCAGAGGAAAUGUUACGAGACAGUAUCUAGAAACAGUUUUCCAUAGUGAAUGAUAUUUAACAAAGAAGUUUUGAACACUCCUCUGCAGAGAUGAGACUGAACAGUGAUACUCCGUGUGUGUUAAAUCAAAACACCUUUCAUUAAACCCAUAAAGUUGUAACAUGUAGGUUUGUGCUGUCGCUGCAUCAACACAAACAUCUUCACUUGCUGGUUUAGGAGAAACGUAACAAACUCAGCUUCAAAUUUAAUUCCUUUACAUUCCAAGAGGUGGCGCCAGCAGUUAAAGCAACAAUGUUAAGUUUUGCUUCUAUUUUUAUCCUUUUUUUUUAAUUUGCCGUCGAGCUUUGGUGGCAAAGAAGUUUAGCCGUUUGUGUGUUUAUUGUCGUUAACAUGACUUCACCCUCCCUCACGUUAGACUGAGAGCAUACUGGAUGCUACAGUGACUCAAUAUCGCCCCCUAAAGUGCAGUGGUAUUAUGAGACAGGACGGGCUAGCCGAUUAGCAUGCUAACUUAAGUUCAUCAUCGUGUCGGAACUGUUUUUGAAUGUCAUAAACAAAGAUUCGUACAUAUUUCACCUGUAAUCUUUUCUUUAAAGUCAUCCCAGGCUGUGGGCGUGUCUGAGCACGGUGACUGAAGGUCGAGCCGGGCCGGAGAAGAUGUUGUGUUGUGUUUUUUUAAGCGAGAUUUGUCGCACUUUUAGAAGAGCUUUGUACACAUUUCAGAAAGUUUUCUUUUUGUUUCACACUUUCUGUUGCCUUUUUUGUGUUAUUUUGUUUUUCUACAUUUGAGCUAGUGUACUGUAGUCCUUGAAAGGAGAUGAUACUAAUGAAUCAACAUUAACACCUGUUUGUAGAGUUGCCAAGUUGUGUAAAAAAAAUUUACAAAAAGACAGAGCGGAGACACGGCUAGCUGUAAAAUAGUUUAGAGAAAGAGAACCACAUAUUUUUGCAUUGUGAUUGUUGUAUGACUGCGGUGCUGCAGGUGGGGGGUGGGGUGGGGGGGGGGCAGGAAUCAGACAAACUGCAGAAAGCUCCUGGACGAGCUGACUGAUGAGCGGAUGGACGGUUGAGGGAAUCGAACGCUGCCAGGCUCACUUCAUUUAAGGCUACAAGUCUGAAUGUCUGUUAGAAAAAAAUCUCUUUUCUGGAUAAAGUAUUCCUCUCCAUUGUCUUGUGACGAUUCAAACACACAUCUCACACAAACGUCAAUUUGAAAUCGACCCAAAGUAAGUUUUACUUGACCUGGUUCUUGGACCAGCUUUUCUACAAAUAAGCUACUGCUGCUUGACUGUUUUGUAAUUCUUAAGAUGCCACCUGGUGACUAAAUGCAGCUACUGCAGCUCAGAGAAGGGGGGGGGGGGGCUCAGCUGCUGCAUGUACGGCCUGUGUCACCAGAGGGCAGAAUUCCAAAAAGCAGUGAUCCUACACAAGCUACGAUUGUAAUGAAUAGUCUCGAUCACUGUAUUCACCCGAGCACCUUACAGCGGACCGCCGGAGGCUCCUGCUGCUCAUUCCUCAAGUCCGACACAAGACAGCCACCAAAACGUCCACCGCCCGUGGGCCAAGAUGCCAAAUAAACUGUGGUCAGUCGAUUGAAAGUUACUGACACGACUUCCAAAAAGAAAAGAGCACAGCAGCCGUUUGAGCUUCAACUCGUCCAUCGCUCCCUCUCUCUCCUGGUCUCUGUCCCGGCUGCCGAUCCACGGACGGGAACCAAAGUGACGAGGAGAAAUUAAUCUUUAUAAAUAAAAUAAAAAAAAUGCACCUUUGGGCGAUCGCUCGACUUCCCUGGAGAGCCAAAGCCCUCUGCACCUUUCUGAGCACACUCACUGUGUCACUUCCUGUCUGUGGUUUGGUUGCUGGUGUCAGAAGUGGGACGGGAGGUGGGGGGGGGGGGGUUGAGAUGUUACGUGAGGGUUAUUUGUGUAAGGUCCUUAUUUUUGUUAUUUUUUUAAAUCUUUUUGUACUAUUCCUUUUUAUUUUGUAUGUUUUCUCUUCACUCUGUCAUUUGUUGUUUACUGUAUGAAAAAAUUAAAACGUGGCCAUCGA